AUCCACAACACCACCUCAAGACAGCAGCCACCACAAAUCCACGAGAAUGCAGCCAUGAUCGGCUCCUUCCUCCCCCUCCCCACCACCAUCACCACCACCUCCGGCCGCCCCCUUCCGCCCCGCGCCACCACAACGACCCUCCCCUUCCCAACGACCCCGCUCCGCCUCGGCCGCCGGCAGAUCCGCGUCUCCGUGUCGUCGUCGUCGUCGGAGAGCAACGAGGAGGGCGUGGGGAGCACCAACGGGUCGCUUCCGGGGCUUCCCCCCGUUGGCGAGGAGGAGGAGGAGGACGACGAGUCCUGCCCGGUGGAGUGCGUGACGGAGUUCAAGACGGACGAGGAGUUCAGCCGGUUCCUGGAGCGGUCGAGGGCGACGGGCGCGCUGGUGGUGGUGGACUUCUUCCGGCCCUCCUGCGGCAGCUGCAAGUACAUCGAGCAGGGCUUCAUGAAGCUCUGCAAGGGCUCCGGCGACCACGGCUCCCCCGUCAUCUUCCUCAAGCACAACGUGAUUGACGAGUACGACGAGCAGUCGGAGGUGGCGGACCGGCUGCGCAUCAAGGUGGUGCCGCUCUUCCAUUUCUACAAGGCCGGGGUCCUGGUGGAGUCCUUCGCCACCCGGGACAAGGAGAGGAUCACCGCCGCCAUUGCCAAGUACACAUCACCUGAGCAGGAGCCUGAGACGGAGCCGGAGGAGUAAUUUCUACUCCAAAUACGUACAUACAUCAAGAGCCAUCUAGCUAGCCUGGUAAUCGAGUGGUCUGCCAAAGCUAGCUAGUGAACCUGCAUUGUAGCAGGAAAAACUGGGAUUGGUUUUUAUAAUAAAGCAGAGCAUAUCAUGAAAUAGUUGUAUGCAAAGGGAUCCAUGUAGAAUGGUCGAGGAUAGAUCCUGGUUGAUUACUCAAUGCCAUUCCAGAUCCAGCGACCCCCCGUUGCAAAAUUUCAGUAGUUGACCUGAUCAUUUCAACACCUGAAUUCUACUCUGUUUUUGUCCUAAAACAGAGUUCUAUUCUAUGUGUUUUUUUGCCUCAGAACAAAUUAAGUUGAAAUGGUGUGAUUCAUGAUUGCUUGAUGAAAA